AAGAAAGAACAAGAAAGCAGCAAAAAAUUAGAUGAUAGAAACAAAUUGCAAGAGAAGGGAACAGCUAUGAAAGUGAAGGGACAAGAAGAGGAACAGCAAAACCUGAAUGAAAAACAAUUUAGUACAAAUGAACAAAAGCAGCAAAAAUCGGCAAAAUCGGUUGGAUCAGCAGAACAUAGAAAAGUAGCACCAGCAGAAAUAGGGCAUUUGUGGGCUGAGAAGGAAGUGCAACAGGAGGAAUUUAUACAAAGGACAGAGGACCUACAAUUGGAAAGACAGAAAACCCUCUGUUUAGAAGAUCAGCAGUCACUGGAAACGCCAAAAGAAGAGAAGGAAUCCCACCAGUUACACAUGAAUAAGCAACCAGAAGAUGAAUGCUUGGAAACUGUUGAGAAAGAGCUGCAAGGUAAAGAGGAAUCAGGGCAGCCACAGAGAACUCAGCCAGGCAAAGAGCAGAAGGAAGAAGGCAGUCUAAGAGUUCAUCAGGUGAUGAACGUUGAAGUUGAGAAGCAGGAAAGGGUUCUUGGUGAAGAAUUACGUUGGCAGGAAGUGGACGCCCGGCAAACAAUGUCCAGGGGCUUCACUUUUCAAGUGUCUUCUGGAGAAAAAGAAAUUAUAUUUCCAAAAGUGAAUUUAAGUCCAGUUACCCCUGUUAAAGAGGCUCCACUUCCUUCUGCCACGAAAGAAUUUAAAGACCCCAAGUCUAGUAGAGGUUCUAGUAAUCUUCCAACUUCUUUAUGUGUUCCACAUACAGCAAUCUUGGUCACUGGAGCACAACUCUGUGGCACUGCAGUAAAUCUCAACCAGAUAAAAGAUACAGCCUGUAAAUCUUUACUUGGUUUAACAGAAGAAAAGAAAGUGAUGGACGCGCCUCAGCCAGAAAGCAUCCAGAAACCUGUUGAUGGCAGGCCGAACAGUACUAAAGUGAAGCAUGUUCAGGAUUCAGUGGACAGCCAAGCCAUCCUGGAUGAAUGGGCUUCAAUUCGUUCAAAAAUCUUAAAAGGUGUAGAAAACGAUAAAUUUAAUGAGAAAGACAAUGGGAGUCUUAAUAGGCAUAGUGAUGAUUGGACAGCAAAAGGUCGAAGUACUUUCCAUGGUAACUUACGAAAGACUUUGUCUGCAAAUGCAAAGUUUUCUAUAACUCCUGCAUGGCAGAAGUUUUCAGAAAUGUCCAAAACCAGUACAGCUGCAGAGAAUAAAACUGCUCCCGAAGCAGAAAAUGCAGCAGUGCAGUUGAGUCCAUCCACUCCGCAUUCAGACAACGAGGCAGUCCAAACAGAGUCACCGGUUGGUACAAAGAAUGUAGGAACUUCACCAGGGAAAAUCAGAGGGCGACAGGAAGUAGCAGGUAAUACCGAGGGAUGUAAGUUUGCCAAAGAUCUCCCAUCUUUUCUUGUUCCAAGUCUCCCGUAUUCUCCAAAUAAAGAACUCUCCCCAUCGGAGACUUCGUCAGCAAUGGAAACACCACAGAAUGUUGGUUCAAAAAAAAUGGACCGAGCGUCACCAAGUGGAGAAGAAAAUGUGGCCCCAUUUGGGGUGAAAUUAAGGAGGACCAAUUACUCCUUGCGUUUUCACUAUGACCAGCAAGGAGAGCAGAAGAAGAAGAAAAGAUACAGCGCAGGAGAUAGUUUUGAUGGCUUGCCAACUCCACUGGUCACCCCAGACAAUGAACAAGAUGCAAAACCUUUAUUUUUGAAAGAUAGCAAAUCUCUGAGUCAAGAGAGAAAAGACGCAAGACUUAAUUCUGAUAAUAGCACAUUAACUAUUAUUAGUCGCAAUUACACCAUCGUUGCACCUAUCUCUUGUCCUACUGGUCCUAUGUCUGCGCCUGGUCAAGAAAAAACUGUUUCUAAAUCACCCCUACCACCAAAACCUGCAUUGGCUCCAAAGCCCAUCAGCCAAACACCACCAUCAUCUCCUCUCUCAAAGCCCCGUAGAGCUCACGUCACCGAACCCAUCGGGAAAAGGGUAUCUAAAGUGGAACCUGACACCAGCUGGAGAAAAAGUGAAGGUAAAGGAAGUCCUCACCCCUCCCAAGCACCCAGUGAAAGCAAGAACGAGGAGGAAGAAUCUAGAGAGAAGAAAUCGUUUUUUCCAUCUAUCACCAUGCCCUGGAGAGAGAAAGCAGAAAAAAAACCAGAGACAUUAAAAAAAGAAAGGCCAAUUCUUCAGAGCAGGCAUUCCAUCGAUGGUUCAAAAGUGAUGGAGAAAGGGGAAACCGCACAGCCUCUGUGGAUCACUUUGGCAUUGCAAAAACAGAAGGGCUUUCGGGAGCAGCAAGCGACACGUGAGGAAAGGAGGCAAGCCAGAGAGGCCAAGCAGGCUGAGAAAUUGGCUAAAGAAAAUGCCAGCAUGAACAACCAGUUGGCAGAUAAUAAAAGCAAUAAUACGAGCAAGUCAAACAUACUGCAAAAAUCCACAGUCUCGGAAGAGGAGAAAAAAAUCGAGACGGCCACAUCAAGAUUUGAACGCAGAGAACAGCUCAAAAAAUCGAAUACUCUGCCUUCAUCGGUCACAGUGGAGAUCACGGAUUCCCUUUCAUCGUCCCCUUUGGCUAAAGAGGUCACCAAGAGAUUCUCUACGCCGGAUGCGAACCCCGUCUCAACUGAACCUGCUUGGCUGGCCUUGGCCAAGAGAAAAGCGAAAGCGUGGAGCGACUGUCCUCAGAUCAUCAAGUAAACGGAUCUCGCUUUUGUGUUUUACUCUGGUUGGGG